GCAUUGUUAGGGACUGGACGUGCGCGCGCCUGCGUGCGCUGGCCGGGAUCUGAGAUUUUUUUGGGUGGUGGCUGUUUGUUUAAGUGGAGCAGUAAAUGCGCAGGAAUGCGCUCGUUCACAUAACUUUACUCGGUCGACUUUAGCUGAAAUUCGUCGUGUUGUGUCGCGUUUAAUCGCUCUGUCGCUCGUGUUUUGUCGCCGUGUGUUGAGUUGUGCAUUUCUUUCUUUAGUCCGCGAGCACUGCGCUGAGAGUGAACACAGAUGCAGGCCAUAAAGUGUGUGGUGGUCGGGGACGGGGCCGUGGGAAAGACCUGUCUCCUGAUCAGUUACACCACUAAUGCUUUCCCUGGAGAAUACAUCCCUACUGUGUUUGACAAUUAUUCUGCCAAUGUGAUGGUUGAUGGGAAGCCGGUGAAUCUGGGUUUAUGGGAUACAGCAGGACAGGAGGAUUACGACAGGCUUCGACCACUUUCCUACCCUCAGACGGAUGUAUUUCUGAUCUGUUUCUCUCUUGUGAGUCCAGCAUCGUUUGAGAAUGUCCGUGCAAAGUGGUACCCAGAGGUCAGACACCAUUGUCCCAACACUCCCAUCAUUCUGGUUGGGACUAAACUGGAUCUGAGAGAUGACAAAGACACCAUUGAGAAGUUGAAAGAGAAGAAGCUCACUCCUAUCACUUAUCCUCAGGGCCUCGCCAUGGCCAAAGAAAUAGGAGCUGUGAAGUAUCUGGAGUGUUCAGCUUUAACACAGCGAGGCCUUAAGACGGUGUUUGAUGAAGCCAUCCGUGCGGUCCUGUGUCCACCUCCGGUCAAGAAGAGGAAGAGAAAGUGUUUAAUUCUCUGAAUUGACUGCACACACACACACACACACACACACACACACACACACACACACACCGCAGCUGCGAUCUGAGCUUCACCUGAGAGAACAGCACAGGGGAAUGAUGGGAAAUGUGUGUUGAGGAAGACAAAACUGAUAUUUCUCUCUUGCAUCGUGAUUACACAAACGCUACUUUUUACUUCUGAGAAACAGCGAGUGGCUUCCUUACUAGUUUCCCUCCAUACACUAAGAACCUCCCGCUGCCUUCUAAACACACACUUUCUUUUCCUCUUGUUUGACAUGAUCAAACUAAAUACUCUUUUCAUUUUCUUCUUUGUGAGCCCAGAUAUUGUUUACAUUUUGCAUUUUUGUAGAAAGUGAAUUAUUGCCAAAAAUUAAACCCAAGUAAUGGAUUUUAAUGUGCUAACACUAUCAGAUUUAUAUAAUGCCAAGCUUAACAAAGCCCAUCUUUUGCUAUACUUCCCACGCUACACAAUUGGUGUAGUUAAAUUAGAAACCAGUGGAGUUGAGAUGCACGCGCUAACGGUCAGUAUCUAUCACACAGGACACUACAGUAUGUGAAUGUUCAUUGUGUUGAAGCAGUGUUUCAUUCAUUUCAGUCCCUCAGUAUUGGGUUUAGACUACACAUGUAUCGGUGCCUAACAGCUCAUCACAAUUCUGCAUUUUUGGUGAGCAGUGUCUGAAAUAUUUGUAGUCUGUAUUGAGUGCAGGAUUCCUCUCCUCUACUCGUGAACACUGUGUUAAGUGUAGAAGAUUCCAGAGAUAUAUAAACGGUUUGUAGUUAGACAUCAAGAGUAUUUCAUUUCUAAUUGGUUUUCAAUACGAUUGAAGGGAAACAUUUGUAAUUUACCAGAUAGAUUGUUUGAUUUCUUUGUGUAACAAUAGCAGUUGAAAUGCUUUAUUCAUGCCUUUAUGGUCACCACUAAAGCUACAAUGUAUUAACCUCAAUGUCUGAAAUAGAAACU